UACGUCUUCCAACGCCCUGCAGCUCUCCGGCCAGCAGCAGCAGCAGCAGACGUGGCACGCGCGUGGUGACGUCGUCGAAUCUCACCGACAGCACAGCACGAUGCCCUCCAGGGGCACUAGCGUCUGCCGCACGGAUGCCGCCAUUCUGGAGGACCUCGAGCAGGGCGAGCAGUACUACCGGCAACCGGUGUGGCGCUUGCUGUCACGACGGGUCCGCAAGGUAGACUGGCGCACACACUGCUACGACGAUCUGUUCCCGCCCGGGAAUCAGAAGGAGCUGGUGGGCCGGUCCGCGCACGCCGAGGCUUCGACGAUGGCCGGAAAGCGUGACGACGACGUCACCAGGGGCGUGGUGGCCGACUACUCCCUACCACCUAACCUGGCGAUGAUUGGAGAAGACGGAGACGUCACCGACAGCGAGGUCAAGUCUGUGCAGACUGAGCCCAACCACUCGUACAAGGUCGAGGUUGUGACCCAGACGUGCCCGGUGAUCCAGCACACACUCACGGUGACCAGCACCAACCUGCUGACUGGCGAGAUCACCGUCAGCGAGGGGUGCACCGGUGCCGAGGCGGUGCAGGUCCAGUGGAACCCCGAGCAGAUUAGCAUCACUACUCCUGACACCAGCCUCAACUCUUCGGCGGGUGCCGCCUCUUUCACUACUGCUGUUCCACCGACGUCGAAAGACUAGCCGGCGCGUGCCUUGUGCUUUGACAAUAAACCGCCCGCUUCAGUG